AUGAACAGGAGUUCUGAUCAGCGUCUGAAGCUACCAGUGAGUGACGUAACGUGCCUAGGUGCGGACAAUUCCGGCCCUGGCGGUGCUCCACGCACGGACCUGCGUCUUCAGCUGGGCCUGCUGCGCGCAGCUGGCGCCUGGGCGCCGCAUCGUGGGCCGUCCACGUCUGCGUCGUCGCUGCUGUACGACGCCUACUCGGCCGGCGUCAUCCUGCUGCUGCUGGCGUUCGUGGGCAGCCAGGUGUCCGCCAUGCUGCACUUCUGGGGGGACAUCCUCAGCGUCACCACCAACGCCUGCGUCACCUUCACCUACACCAUGGCCAUCUUCAAGCUGCUUGUCGUCCUCACGAUGCGACGGUCUGCGGAACACCUCAUCAACGAGCUGAACAGAUGCAUGCAGGAGUACGGCCGGGAGCUGGCCGGCGAGAAGGCGUCGGUGUUCGCGGGCUGCUGCCGGCAGGCGCGCCGCGUCGUGGUGGGCCACGUAGCCAUCGGCGCCGUGGCGUACGUGUGCGGCGUAGCGCUGCCCGCCGUGCGCGGCCGCGUCUGUCCCGCGGCCAGCUGCAGGGCCAAGGACGGCUUCCCCGUGCUCGUCUGGUACCCCUUCCCCUUCACCGUGUCGCCCGCGUACGAGCUAAUAUUCGCCGGGGUGUCCCUGGGCUUCUUCUACGGCUACAUCCUGUCCACGACGCUGGACGGCUUCUUCGUGACGCUCAUCAUCUACCUGUCUGGCCAGCUGCGGCUGCUCAACCUGAUGGCAGAGAGCAUGUGCUCUGCGCAGCCUGCUCACAGCCGCAGGGACGUGGCCGCUCCAGCAGACACCUCAGAGGAGUGCGUGCGACGCAGGCUGGCGCAGUGCGUGCGCUACCACACCGACGUCGACAGAUGCGUACGGCAGCUGAGCACGUUGCUGGGACCCAUACUGCUGGGACAGGUGCUGGCUGACGUGGUCACCAUCAGCGCCACCGCAUUCGUCACCACCACUGGUAAGACAGACUCUGGCUGGGUCUUCAAGUACGGCUCAUACCUGGCUGCCAUAGCAGAGCAGCUACUGCUCUACUGUUGGUUUGGGAACGAUGUCCUGACAGAGAGCGAGCGCCUGCAGCUGUCGGCCUACAGCAGCCAGUGGGUGGGGGCCUCGCCUCGCUUCCGCAGGGAGCUGCGCCUCUUCCUGUGCCGCGCCCACCGCCCGCUGCGACUGACGGCCAGCAAGUUCUACACCAUCUCCAGGGAGACCUUCCUGCUGCUGAUGAAUGCCUCUUUCUCCUAUUAUGCAGUGCUGAGGCAACUGAACUCCGACUGACCAGUCGCAGCUGACGCAGAAUCUACGGUGCCAUCCGUGCCUAUAAUGCACUAUAAUCCAC